GUCUUCUUUAGCAUAAAAGAAGCCACAGUUUGUGGUUUCUGGCGGUAAUUACAGUUCGCAAUUACCUGUUCCCGUGCUCGAAGAACCUGCGUAAACACUGUCUUCGAAAGCCAAUUCUGUGAAGUAUUAGAGCAGAGGUUUUUUAAGCGAAUCGACCAUCUCUUCAAAAGUUGAAGUAUGGUUUACGUGUGCUCCUCGCGCACUUCCAACUUUCGUCUGCCACCGUGAGGCGGGAGCUGUGAGCAGAAGUGUCCGCAUGCGCUUGUGUAGCUUGUUCGUAGGUACUCCGAGUUUGUUCUCGAAAUGAACUACAACUCUUGGAACAACCGCGGCCGCGGGCGGUUCCGACGCCGGGCUGGCGGCUCGAGGUUCGCUCCUCACAGACGGCGAAUCGUCGACCGAGAAACCUCGGACGGCAGUCAAGGCGACGGUCAAGUCGCUUCAUCUUCUCCCGAAGUUGGAAACCACUCAAACCGCCGUCGCGCGGCGUCUGUUCAGUCGCCGUACCCUGGAUGGAAUUUCUACUUCCCUAAUGAAGACUACCCUCCCGACGCGAGCGUAUCGCAGAGGCUUAAGCUCCUAGAGGCGUAUUUCGCCGAGAGUGCGUCCAAGUUUGCGGGACCCGCGGGUCUUGUCGACCGGUCUCGAAACUCCUACGAAGUGCGUGUAGACGAAGUCGCGGACGAUUCCGGCGUCAAGGAGGAAUGGCCCGAUUUCAAGGAGUCCCUGAAGUGCCGCCCCCACGACGUUCUCAAACUGCUGGGUCUUGCAUUACACCAGACACUGACGAAGCAUGAGCAGCAACAAAUAGACGCUUGUAUAGAUGACCCAUUGCCCGAGCUAACCGUUCGCAUUGCUGGGUUUGGGCCUAUGACACCUCUUCGUGACGUCCGCAGCAUGACUUGCGGCCGCAUGGUGGCUGUUCGAGGCACAGUGGUUCGUGCAAGCGAAGUGAAGCCACAGUACCGUGUGCUUGGCUUCUGUUGUUCUGGUUGCGGCACUCAGCAAGCCGUUGUGCAGCCUGGUGGCUAUUUUACAGCACCUACCAGCUGCCCAGAGAGGGGUUGCCGAUCUAAAACCUUCCAGGAACAGGUGACAUCACCCUUGACCCAGCUGAUGGACUGGCAGUCACUGAGACUUCAGGAGUCAGAAGAGGGUACAGAAGGUGGUCGCAUACCACGCAUCAUCGACUGCGAACUGACUGACGACCUGGUUGGGUCAGCUGUCCCCGGUGACAUGGUUACGGUGACAGGUGUUGUGGAGCUUGCGCGCUGUGACGGUCCUUCGAACUCGACCGGUCCUGUUGACUGUUACUUGGUGGCAAACCAUGUGCUCGGCGAUCAACGCGAGGCGGACACGACUGCGACUCCAUCGGGACCUGACCUCGGUCGUCUCGACUACUAUGCCAUCGAGGCGAUCCAUGACAAGCCAGACUUGUUCCGCCUCCUGGUGAACUCCCUGUGCCCCGCGAUUUACGGCCAUGAGAUCGUGAAGGCCGGCUUGUUGCUUGCUCUCUUCGGAGGAGUGCGAAGGUACUCGGAUGAUCCUGACCACGUGCCCGUACGUGGCGACCCACACGUUUUGGUGGUGGGCGAUCCUGGACUGGGAAAGAGUCAGCUACUGCAUGCCUGCGCGAGAGUUGCGCCCAGGGGAGUCUUCGUAUGCGGCAACACUGCCUCCAUAGCGGGCCUCACUGUCUCCGUUGGCCGUGGUUCAGUGGGCGAAGCCUCACUCGAGGCUGGGGCCCUGGUCCUCGCCGACAGGGGUUGCUGCUGCAUUGACGAGCUGGACAAGAUGUCGGCAGCGCAAGGGGCCCUGUUGGAGGCCAUGGAGCAGCAGUGCGUGAGCAUAGCCAAGGCCGAGCUGACGGUGUCGCUGCCCGCCAGGGCUGGCGUGCUGGCAGCCGCGAAUCCGGUUGGAGGCCACUACAACCGUGCAAAGACGGUGGCCGAGAACCUGCGCAUGGGUAGCGCACUGCUCUCGCGCUUUGACCUGGUCUUCAUUCUGCUGGAUCAGCCGAAUGCUGAUCUUGACCGGCGUCUGUCCGAGCACGUCAUGGCAAUGCACUUGAAGAAACCCAGUUCACUGUCAUCGUGCCAGCAGCUGUUAGAGGACGCAGGCGACACUCAGGCAUCGGCCACCUUUUCCCAGAUGUCGCAUCCAUCAAAAUCGCUUGCGGAGCGGCUCCGUGGGCCUGUCACGGACCCCGUUUCAGCUCCGCUGCUGCGAAAGUACAUCACAUAUGCACGCCAAUACGUCCAGCCGACAUUGAGCAGUGAGUGUGCAGCUCACUUGCAGAAAUUCUACCUUCACCUUCGCGGAGUUCGGCAAGCUGACUGCGUACCCAUAACCACCCGCCAGCUUGAGUCCUUGAUACGGCUCACCCAGGCUCGGGCCCGGCUCGAACUACGGGAAGAAUGCACGGCUCAAGAUGCCCUUGACAUCAUUGAGCUCAUGAGGCACAGCAUUGCGGAUACUCAGAGUGACGGGCUGGGUUCCGUGGACUUCAGGCGCUCUCAGCACGGUUCUGGCAUGAGCAAACCGGCUCAGGCGCGAGCCUUGGUGAGUGCGCUCACCAAGGAGUCGCAGCGGACGGGCAACCGCAUCUUCACCACGAGCGAGCUCAGGACGAUCGCGGAGCAGCGGUGCGGCAUACUGUCGUCCUCGGUGCGUGUCAUCAUUGAUGCUUUGAAUGACCAGGGCUUUCUCCUCAAGAAAGGCUCGGGCCGAUAUCAGCUGCAAACCACCGACUUCUAGCGGGGACUAUCCAUUAACACUUUAACUGUCGUGAAAAAUUUACGAAAAGUGCAGAUUUUCCCUUUAUCUGCACUUUUCGCCAUAUUCUUCUAAAGGUUAUGGUACCGGGAAUGCCAAUAGAUUUUUGACUGCUCUUGUUGAAAAAGAUUGCAAAACAUGUGUGUUAGUUAUUUAUGUGUGAAAAUUACAAAAUAGUGCAACAUUUAUCAUGAUGACUUGAGUAGUGAUUGGCAGUUAAUGGGUUAACAUGCUUGCAGGUAUUGGCGAAAGUAAUAGAAAUAAGAAUUCAACAACUCGGAAAGUGUGGAUAGUAGCACAAUGUAAUUAUUGCAUGAAUUGUUGCUAGAAUAGGUAGUCACAUAUGCCAACAGCAGGCAGUGCUUCUGUUAUGUUAGUGGCUUGUACAAUGUAACAACAGCAUCACUUUUAUGUUAUAAAUGUAGCUAUUCCAGCAAUUAAAUGCUUCAUUAUUUUAAAAACUCCCUUGUUUUUCUACACAUUCUUGUGGGAAGCUUGUGCUCUGCUGUCCAUACUUUUAGAGUGAUUAAAUUUGCACUUUUGUUACUUUUGGGUAACCUGGUGAAUCGGGUGUCUGGCAGCCUCAUAUGCAGUGAGAAGUUUAAAAUUUAUCAAGGUUGUCCUAGGCGCAUCGAAAGAUUAUUAGAAUUGUUGGGCAAACUUAAAAGAAGUGGACCACGUCAGGGUAAUUGACCAAAUGAAAAGUGCUGUUUAUCAAAAUUAUCUGUGUUGACUCCCCCUUAAAGCUCCGCAUUACAUUUUUUUCACAAACAUGUAUUAAUUGGCCAGCUAGCAAGACAGAGAAGGUGCAGAUUGGGGUUUCAAUAGUAACCUCUUUUUUUUUUUGUUACCUUAGUACUAAAUCAUAAAUUUGGUGUUGCAGCUGAUCAACAAGUGCCAGCUACGAGUAUAUGAGUUGGGGAAAAUUCUGCUUUAAUAGUUAGGAGAAGUCAGGAAAGCCAGGCAGUUUGUAGAGUCUGUGAUCACCUAGACAUCCCUCUUAAAAAACAUCUCCAAGUGCAGCAGUGUGAUAAGGAAUCAAUGACAGUACCCGACGUUAUUGAUAAUGGUUUGAGUCACCAGGGCUUUGUUCUUGAGAAAAAGCUUGGGUCCGUGGUUUAGGCUACUGAGUUAAGUGCUGUCAAUCAGUGAAUUUACAAGUAUUCUCUGUUUAUGUGUAGUCUUAUUUCUGAAAGUUAGAGAAACAGUGGUCUUAAGCUUGUAAUAUUGUAAUACCAUCGCAACUGGUGCAAGGCAUCAUUAAUGUCCCUAACAACCAAAGCUUUUCGUUUGAAAAGGGCUCAGCCCAAUACAUCAGCUCCCGACAGCCAGCUUCUCGGUCAUCUGUCAGUGGGCUCAAAACUACGUGAUUAUGCGUGUGAAGUUUUCUUUGCCAAAAGCACGAAAGCUUAUUGUACAGGUGUACUGAUUUGUAGUACAUAAUGCUCUUAUGUGCAUAUUCGUGUGUUUAUGUACCAGUUCUCGGUGCACUGGUGUUUACUAGGUUUAUUGUUCCUCUGAAACUUCCUCCGAAACAAGAAAAGAGCUUUGGACGAUAUUGCCUGUAGAGUACAGAAUUAUGUCUCGUCAGUCAACGAGAUCACAAGUAUAUAGGUAUGCAUACAAAGUUUUAUUUGAGAAAGGACACAACUAUUGUUCCAAGAGGCAUUUCUUGGGCAUUUGUGUCUAUAUAUCUUUACAUUUUUGUUUUGCAUUUUAAGUGCAUCCCUGUUGUUUCGUCUUGUUGCAGUUCCUUUCAUUGAUGGUACCGCACUCACACAGCACAAUGUGUACAAACUUUCACUUUUCACGAGUACAGAGACACUAUACAAACUUUCACUUUUCAUGAGUACAGAGACGCUUGUUCUAAGUCGCACUUGUUGAGUAAUUUAUUUUGCUUGUGUUUUUUCACUCUCUUUGCAUUGCAGAUGCAAAUUUUCUGUCUAACUUUUGCAUAUUUCACAAACAGCACAUCUAGAUGGCCUGUGUGUUAACAGUGCAUGCAGUAGUCACAUUUCUGUAUUUCACAAACUAUGCGUGUGUCAUUGUAAUAUAACUAGAUCAGUAACUUAACACACUGGUUAACACUGCACACAACUAACGUAGUGCUGUUGUUGAAUGUCUAUUUAUAGCACUGCACGAUAUCCGGUAUCUCUGUUGUAGUUGUAUUAUAUAUCACCAUGUCCUGUGACAAUAGUUGUUCGAUCACAGACUUGUUUCCAAAUGUGUUUUCAGCAAAUUGGUACUCAUACUAUCAACCAUACAAACUAGCAUGUCUCUUACCCGCAUUAUGUGGACUUGUGUUAGUUUGCUUUGAAAUCUCAUUAAAAAAACAUAGAGAAUAACAAAUAAAACACAUGCACUAAGUAAUGUCCUGUGUGUAAUCUGAUGCCUGUGAACCCUUCUGUGAAUGGGUUCAACUGUUCAUAGAAUCCGUUAUAUUUUUGUGUUGGUUUCAGGCAUCCAAGCAUUACAAACCAAUGUUAAUUAAUAUUGCCUUGCAUGAAUUGUGUGGCGUUACUUCUCUUGUUCUUUUUUUUUCUUUAUUUUUCUGCAGCAUAUGCAACUGACAUUAAUUUAAAACUGCUGCA